AGCUCAGCGUGUCGUGAUACUUACAGUCGUACUGACGCGCGCGUGCGACAUAUUAUAUACGAAUUAAAAAAAUUUUUGGACAUUAUUUAAUCAACACAUUAUUGUUACAUGCACUGGACAAUGUUUGAUUGAUUUUUUAGUGAAUUUUAUCAUAUAAGAUUCAACAUGGCAGAUAUGAGUCUUGCGAAUGCGACAUCUGAUUACGGAUUUUCAGACGUGGUCACCGACCACAUGAAAGGUAUUGGCAGACUGUUCUACAUCCACUCUCCCCAAGAGACGCUAUACGAGAAGUCGGAAGAUGUGCCUAACUUUUUUAGACAGUCGUAUCCAUAUUUUUUAUUGUUCAUGAUAAUUGAACACAUAGUUUUAAGAUUAGAAGGCAAGAAGGGCAUCAGACUAAACGAUGGUAUCACAAGUAUAUCCCAUGGAAUAUUCCUCGAAUGUGGCAGACUGAUAUGGCGCGGUGGGGAAUCGUACUUGUACACCUGGAUUUACACUAACUACAGACUGGUAGACCUGCCUUGGGAUAAUACGCUUACUUGGUAUGCUGCAGCAUUAGGUGUUGACUUCUGUUACUACUGGAUGCAUAGAGCUUGUCACGAGAUUCAUAUUCUGUGGGCCCAACAUCAAGUGCAUCACACUUCUGAAGACUUUAAUAUGGGGGUCGGCAUCAGACAAUCUGUAAUACAAGGCUGGGGUGGCUUCAUCUUCUACCUACCGCUCGCUAUGGUAAUACCACCAGCGCAAUUCGUUAUGCAUCACCAGUUCAGCUACUUAUACAUGUUCUGGAUACACACUGAGGCAAUCAAGAGCCUGGGACCAUUGGAAUACAUCCUCAAUACUCCCAGCCAUCACAGAGUACACCAUGGCAGCAACAAAUAUUGCUUAGACGUGAACUACGGCGGUGUGCUCAUUAUAUGGGAUCGACUAUUCGGCACGUUCAGGCCUGAGACUGACAAAAUAGAAAUUGUAUAUGGCCUUAUAUACAACCAGCCGUCCUUCAACCCUCUUUACUUACAGGUAUUUUACAAUGGUUACGUGUUAGAGAAAAUCCGCCGGCUUCAAACUUUGGAGCAUAAAAUCAAGGCUGUUGUUUGGGGACCAAGCUGGGAACCGGGGACAGCUAGACUAGGAGACGAAGAUGAUAAACUGGAUAUUGAAAAUCGGGAAAAAUACGACGUAUUUCUACCAUCGUGGUGCAACAUCUACAUUGUCUUACACUACUCGCUUGUUCUCUACGGGUUCUUCGAGCUAGCCUCUCGCUAUAUGGGAAUGACCCCAAUAUCGGUCGUAAUUUUCGUGUUCUACGUCGUGGCGUCAUUGAGUAUUAUCGGCAUGAUAUUCGACAACUCAAAAUACGCUCCGUUCCUUGAAGUCCUUCGUUGCUCGAUGCUCGCAUUCCUCACAAGAAGCCUCGGCACCAGUCCAACUAUGACCGGACUUCAAGUGUUCUACGUUAUAUCCGCCAUGUUUUGGUGUUUGCAUACGUUAAAACUUUUAGAAAUAAAGAAAAAAGUAGCCUAGUCUAUUGAUUCAACCAAAAGAAUUGCUUGCAAUUUUUUUGAAUUUUUAUAUGGAUUACAAAUAAUUAUAAUUUUAAUUUGAUAUUUUUACAAAAUGCUAAAAUAUAUUUCGUAAAAUAAAAUUGAGAUGAUGUUGCAAUGUAUGUAGUUGAAGAACCAAUUUAAUUCAUAAUUUUAUUAAUUUUUUUAAUUGAAAUCUUAUAAUAAUGCCUCAUUGAUGCCUUUGAGUGAGGAAACUGUAUUCAUAAUUGUGCCUUUUGAUGCCAGUAAUAUAGCUAGCUCAUUUAGUAGUAAUAUCUUGUGCCAAAUAUUAUUAUAUAAUGAAAAGUUUGCUAAAUGUUUUUUAAGCUUAAAAAUUUUGUAUUUUUUUUUAAUGUAGAUAGAAUAGGAAAAGUAAUAAGAAUAAUAGUUAAUGGUACCUUUAUAAGUUUUUAAAAAUGGCUAGUCUAUAGUUGAUUGUUGUUUUAUAAUGUUUUUUUUUUUUU